AUGAUGACAGAACGAAAUCAAACACAUCAGCUAUCAUUACAAGAUAGUGAUAUGCCAUUGCAUAAAUUUAUUCCAUUAGAGAAAUUAGAUAUUGUUCAAUUGAAUCAAGUUCGAAUUCUUUAUUAUCAGACUCCACGUCGAUUUUACGUUUAUCUUCCAAACAAGAUUGAUACACACGCACAAUUUCAAAUUGAAUUACAACGAUCUAUGCAGAAUUAUAAAUUAACAACAGCAUCCACGCAAUAUGUGCAUCAUCAACCGGUUGCUGCUCAAGACAAUCAUGCUAUAUGGCAUCGUGCAACUAUAUUAGAUUUGAAUGCUAAUGGAAUUGAUGUUUGUGUAUAUUUUGUUGAUGUUGGCCAACAAGAAAAUAUUCCUAUAACAAAUAUUCGUCCAUUAUCACAAGAAUUUAUUCGCCAACCAGCGUUCGCAAUACCUUGUCGUCUAUAUAAAAUAUGUCCACUCAAUGGUGACGAACGAUCAUCGUGGAAAUUAAAUGAUCCAGUACAUCAUGCAUUUAAUCAACUUAUGGCUAACAAUGCUAAUUGUAAAGUUUGUGACCGAAAAGAACAAAUAUGUUAUGACGUUGAAAUAGAUAUUCCUAGUAAGUUUCUCUAA